GGAAAGCGGAUCAAAAUGGACGGCUCAAAGAGCAAGCAGAUAGGCCGCGACAGCGUGAACAGCGCACCUGGAUUUCCUUACUUCACGACGAUGGCGGCCGCCGCAGCCGCCUGUCGCCUUCUCCGGCUGGCACCUCGCCGUCUCCGGAGCCCAAGGCACUCGGCGCCUACUGCUCUCUCCCUGUUUCCGACACCACUCUCCGCCUCCUCGGGGUGGCGCAGCUACUGUGCUGCCGCGCAGGCCUCCGCCCCUCCACCCGCUGCCGCCGCCGCGGCUGCGGCGGGGGAGGCCGUGGGGGAGUUCCGGCGGAGGCUGAGGGUGGCGGAAGUUAAGGGCGGGGAGGACGAGGGCGCCGCGUGGGUCGGGAAGGAGCUCACCGUUCGCGGGUGGGUGCGCACCUGCCGCGCCCAGAGGACCGUCACAUUCGUCGAGGUUAAUGAUGGCUCUUGCUUGUCCAAUAUGCAAUGUGUGUUGACUCCUGAUACAGAAGGCUAUGACCAGAUAGACUGUGUCACUACUGGGGCUUCAGUGAUAGUGGAGGGAGUUGUAGCAAGCAGCCAAGGCGGUAAGCAGAAAGUGGAACUAAAGGUUUCAAAGAUCGUUGUGAUUGGGGAAAGUGAUCCCACAUCUUUUCCUAUACAGAAGAAGCGAGCAUCAAGAGAAUUUCUGAGAACUGUGGCACAUCUCCGUCCUCGGACAAACACUUUUGGUGCAGUGGCAAGAGUGAGAAAUGCUCUGGCAUUCGCAACUCAUAAAUUUUUCCAAGACAAUGGAUUUGUUUGGGUAUCGAGCCCUAUUAUUACUGCCUCAGAUUGUGAAGGAGCAGGGGAGCAGUUUUAUGUGACUACUUUGCUUUCAAAUACUGCUGAAGGUGGCUGCCUAGUCAACAACAUUCCCUCCAAGGAUGGAAGGGUCGAUUGGUCACAGGAUUUCUUCUGCAAACCAGCAUUCCUGACGGUGUCUGGACAACUGAAUGGCGAAACAUACGCUUCAGCUCUAUCUGAUAUUUACACUUUUGGUCCCACAUUUAGGGCAGAAAAUUCGAACACUUCAAGACAUUUGGCAGAAUUUUGGAUGAUUGAGCCUGAACUUGCCUUUGCUGAUCUAAAUGAUGACAUGGCUUGUGCAAGUGCAUAUCUCCAGUAUGUAGUAAAGUAUAUUCUGGAGAACUGCAAAGAAGAUAUGGAUUUCUUUAAUACAUGGGUUGAGAAAGGAAUCAUAGAUAGACUAAGUGAUGUAGCUGAGAAGAAUUUUGUUCAAAUGUCAUAUUCUGAUGCGAUCGAGCUACUUAUUAGGUCCAACAAGAAAUUUGAGUUCCCGGUAAAGUGGGGGUUGGAUCUGCAAAGUGAGCAUGAAAGAUAUAUCACAGAAGUUGCCUUCAGCGGGCGCCCUGUAAUAAUUAGAGAUUAUCCAAAGGAAAUUAAAGCUUUCUAUAUGCGGCAAAAUGAUGAUGGGAAAACAGUUGCUGCAAUGGAUCUAUUGGUUCCCCGGGUAGGUGAACUUAUUGGAGGAAGCCAAAGAGAAGAACGUCUUGAUCACCUUGAAGCCCGGUUGGAUGAAUCAAAUCUUAACAAGGAUAGCUACUGGUGGUAUUUGGAUCUGCGGCGAUAUGGAUCAGUUCCUCAUGCUGGCUUUGGUCUUGGAUUUGAACGGCUUGUACAGUUUGCAACUGGAAUAGACAACAUUAGAGAUGCCAUUCCAUUUCCCAGGGUUCCUGGCUCUGCAGAGUUUUAACACUGGUCAAGUGUCGGGUAUAAUCAUGAGAAGCAUUCUUGCUUGGGAUUUGAAGAAAACCAUACGGUUGUGUUGUACAGAAUUUACUUGACUAAUUUCUGAUCUUGAGGAAGACAAUGAAGCAGUAAAUUAUUGUUUGCUCUUAUAAAUUUCACCAGUUACUGUAAUUUCAGCUGAUGGAUUAUGAAUGUACAUUACUAUUUAAUGAACAUGCCAUUUUUUCCUUGUGAA